AUGGAUGGGCAAUUCGAGCCUCGUCUUGCAGCAAGCGUUGGCCCUGAAGCGGUGGAAGCUGAAACUUCAGUGGCAUCCAGAAAUGGAGUGGCUGUCUCAAUAGAACAAAUCCUCCCAGGCGGCAAGCAGGGUAAACCAGGCAGGGGGCAAAGGGGCUCACUGCAGAAGCUAGUGCUAGUUCUUCCCUUGAUCCUCUCCUUUGCAAGCGGUCUUUUAUUAGGUGCUCAUCUGCCUGUCCAACAAGUUCAACUGAGCAUCCCCCCCCGCCUAGUUCGUUUCAGGGACAGCAAGGAGCAGCACCCUUCACUGGAAGCGCCUCUGGCUCCUGCGUCUUCGGCAGAAGGUGAAGUUGCACUGGGCACCACCCAACUGCAUGACGCAAGCCUUUCACCCACACUACAGCAGCCUUCGUACGACGCAUGGGGGUUGCCGUUCCUUAGCCAUUUUGAGCAGACGCUUUCACCGGAGUUGAGGCAAGGCAAAGAGGAAAUUGCUUCUUUGCUAACCACAUCAUGCCCAAGCACGGCUGAACCCAACGAGUACUCACAGAUCAUAGAACAGAAAGCAGCUGAGGCUCUGUCAGGAGGAGAUGUGAAGAAUCUGGUUGGAAUGGCUAUUGCUUUAAGUGAUGUUGAACCGAUAAAACCCCGGGGGAAGGAAAGCACGCAUUUGCCUUCUUCAGUUCGAGUCACGAAGGUAUUGAAAGCGCGGUAUCCGAGCAUAGUGAUGGAAGUAAAGGAUACUGUGAGUGAGAAGAUGCAUGCGUUGCGAAUUCGAGUGUUUUCUGCAGCGGGCAUUCAGAAUGCCGAAGACGAAGAAAAGCUUUUGGCCUCUGCGCAACGUUGGGAGGACUCAGAGGAGGUCAUUGGAAGGCAGGCGUCCUGCGGCACACCGGCUCAUUUGGCGGCAGUGCAAAAAGGACUUGCCGUUCCCUUGUACGUGGGCAAUGUUGCAAACGCACCCAGGGCAAUUUUGCACGGUGGCUUCUAUUUCUUCCGCCGCGUCCACAUCUUGGAAAGGUUGCACGGAGAAUUCCGCUUGGGGUCUCUGAUUACAGCAGGCCUUUCCUUGCGUGCACAAGAAUACAUUGCUUUGCGUUUGCUCCACAUCGUACUUAAACUGCAAGAGGCGCUGCUCAGCCACAACGAUCUUGCUUGGGACAACAUAUAUGCCCGCCCAGAUGGCUCUUUUCUUUUGGGUGGCUUUGACGCUUGCAUUCCGUUCGGAAGGGCCAUUGGAAUGCACAUAAGGCUUUCUGGGAGGUACGUUGAGCCGACGCUGCGGAUUCAAGAAGACGUGUAUGCAGAAAAUGCAGUGCCCCAGGCGCACAGCGACCUCUGGUCGCUGGGAAUGCUCCUUUACGAGUUAUUCACAGGCGGCAACGUGCCGUAUACAGAGGAUGAAAGAGACUAUUUAGAGUAUGCCCUGCCCAUGUCCAAGUACCUCAUCGACAAAGAAGUAGAUCCUAUAGAACUCGUGCCUGACCUGGAUGCCGCCAACUGCCCAGUCAGAUGGAAACAGCUCAUUAUGAGACUCCUUCAUCCCGUGAGAGGCUCAAGAAUAACCGCAUGGGGAAUUAUGAUGGAGUUUCCCGACCUUGUGGACCACCGCCUGCCAAGGUAG